AACUCACUCUCAUCUAAACAAGAAAAUAGUACUCAAAUAACAUGGAUGCUUGUUUUCUCUCCCAAGCUUCCUUCACCAAAAUCAGAGCUGGAUCUCUAACAUACUUCAAAAGAUCUUCUCAACAAUUCAAUUCAAGAAAAGUUGCAAGUCCAUUUCAUGUAUCAUAUUUUAAAGGUGCAGUGCUCACGGACAUGCACCCUCAACAAAUAUGUCUGCACCGCCCAGUGCUGUUUUAUUUCCGAGCUUUCGCAGGCGAGUCAAAACAGGGCGACAUGCUCGCUUGCCUGCUAUGAUGUCAAUCAUGAUCUUUGAUAUUGUUGCCACAUGUCAUCAUCAUCAUCAUCAUCGCCGUUAGACGAUGACAAACCAACUGUUAAUACCGAUUGGCGAACUUUCCGGGCAAAAUUGGUGGCCGGAGAACAAUUACUAAACCCGGAGUUACUUUCAUCAGUGACUAAUCCGGACACCGUUAUGGAUCAACCAUCACUAAUCACAAUUGGUGACAAAUGGGCCCAUAUAAUCCAUGAGCCCGAAAGAGGCUGUUUGUUAAUCGCAACAGAAAAGCUCGAUGGGGUCCACAUUUUCGAACGGACGGUGAUCCUUCUUUUAUCAAACGGUCCAAUAGGCCCAUCCGGGAUCAUACUCAAUAGACCAUCAUUGAUGUCUAUUAAAGAAACAAGAUCAACAGCAUUUGAUGUAAAGGGUACAUUUUCUAAUAGUCCUUUGUAUUUUGGAGGACCUUUAGAAGAAGGGUUGUUUUUGGUGAGUCCUAAAGAUGAUGGUGUGGUGAGAAUAAGUGGUGUUUUUGAUGAAGUAAUGAAGGGUUUGUAUUAUGGUACAAAGGAAAGUGUAGGAUGUGGUUCUGAAAUGGUGAAGAGGAAUGUGGUUGAGGUUGGUGAUUUUAGAUUCUUUGAUGGGUAUUGUGGGUGGGAGAAAGAACAAUUGAAAGAUGAAAUUAUGGCUGGUUAUUGGACUGUGGCUGCUUGUAGUCCAAGUGUUGUUGAUUUGGGGAAUGUUGGAAUUGUUGGGCUUUGGGAUGAAGUUCUUGGGCUUAUGGGCAAAAGGAAGGUCAAGUGACUAGACUUAAUUCAAAUUAGAGAGUUUUUUUUCUUCCGCACGGUUUCUUAAAAAUCGAUCUUGUUGUAACGUAUUGGUCUGAUAGGUAAAAACACGGGUUUUUCUACAUCCGGAUGAGUGGACAUAGAGAAAAACGCAUUUUCCCCUUUCAGAACAAUACGUUAAAACAAGAUCGACUUUUAAGAAACCGUACGGACAUUCAAACAUUUCUUUUUAAAUUGAAGGUAUUCAAGAAUGCAUGUAUUGUCGCCCUUGUUCUUGUUUACUUUUGGACAAUAUUUGAGUAUAAUCUACUACCCAAAGUUGAAACA